ACUGGAGCGUGGGGUGGCUCUUGAGAAAAGAAAAGCAGUGGCCUGGCUCUGAAGGGCCUUAGGGGUCAAGCCAGGGCAUUUAGCUUUUAUCCUGAAAACAGUGGGGAUUUAACAGAGGUUUGAUUUGCUGUGGCCCUUAGGAAGAUAACUCUGGAAGCUGUGGAGGAUGGUCUGACGUGGCCCUGAGGAAAGAAAGGCACCACAUAGCUGAAAUGGCCAAAGGAAGCCUCACUGAUACACCAGGGAACAAGGGUGGGAAAAAAGGAGGAUUCGGUGUGGUGCCACCCUUUCUUCCGUCUUGGGUCUCUGCACCUUUCCCAGAACUUCCAAGAGCGCUAUGUUGGGACAGAGCAUCUGGAGGUUCACAACCUCUGUGGUCUGUAGAAGCCACUAUGAGGAGGGCCUAGGGAAGAAUUGGCCAUUUUUAGUGGAAAACAAGUGGCAGUUACUAAUUAUGAUGACUCUGUACUUUGGAUCUGGAUUUGCUUCACCUUAUUUUGUAGUAAGACACUAACUGCUUAAGAAAUAAGGGUGUUUUAAUUAAUCCAUUAAACAGAUGUGAAAAAGAUCAUUUUAAGAGGUGCAAUCUCUUUGAAAAAUGGAUCAAACUCUUGAAUUCAACAUACUCAAUAUGUUUGUAAAUAAACUUAUGCCAUGAAUCCUUAAAAAAAU